AUAAUUGUUAAAACGUGCGCGUGAAAAUACACCAAUACCUGGGUGCAAGGUCACGUGACUUUAUGGGGUUCAGAAAUGGAUUUAUUUCACAUUGCCAUAAGCAUCACAAAAAUGUCAUUUAUGCACUAGUUGAAAUUCUGAUGAAACAUUGUUUUAAAAGGUUAUAUGAAAAAAGCACCCCUUACCGGUGUGUUAACUUCCAUUAAAGUUCAAUUGUCAACCCCACGAAGUCACGUGAUCCUGCGGCCUGAUAUCGAGUUAUCAGUUUGUUUUGACGUAAACAAAGAUCAAGACAACCUCCGCGCAGAGAUUUGACUGGAACCAGCAUAGCUGCAUCAAAUCCAUGCCUUCAUAACCAACCAGAUUGUCAAAGUUUUGGCUUUGACCUGGCUAGAGAGGCAAGCAGGGGAACAAACAGGAGCAGGAUUUAGUGCCUUGCCGUUUUGCUCUAUAUCUAUCCGAAUCUGAUGAGAGAUUAGAAAAGUCCAACGCAUCAUAACGCCAACUUAAUGUGAAAUGACAAAUGAACAACACUCCAGGAACUUCUACUUCAUAAACCUGCACACACUAAGUUGAGCAUGUCAUAAGAAGGCGUGCAUGUCACAAAGAUGAAUUACACCAAGCUGGAGACCCCUGACAGCACCAACAGGGCGCUCGUACAGAAGAUGUUUCAGCUGGAAGCAGCAUACAGAGAUAUAAAUGACAAGGAGCAAGACAUAAUGAAAUACAAGAUGAAUAGUGCCCGGGAAGCGGAUGCAGAGCGGGACAGAGAAAUGGCUAAAAUAAAAUUCCAGGCACAGCGUCUGGAGGAACGCCUGAAUGUCGCUCGAGUAGAGACCGAGAACGCUAAACGAGAGCUGAAGAACGCCCAAGACGGACGGGCUGUGGUGGACAAGAAACUUAAGGCUAUGAGUAAAGAAAACGCCGACCUGAAGAACAACGUGAGUCAGCUGCGCGUGAAACUGGGCGUGGCCAACGCCAACUAUAACGUGGGAAAGCACGAGGCAGAGAGCUUGAGGAAGAAUCACCAAGACAGCCAGAUCAUGAUCGCGAGGCUGGAGGAGCGCCUUAACGCCGCUAAUCAGGAGCUGGAGCGACUACGGAAUCCCGCCAACCCGGAGGGAAGUGAGGAGGUAAAUUUUGCGGUGAAAAAGAAACUAACUACAGAAAAGAAGGACUUGAAGCGUCUUCGAGCAGAGGUUGCACGUCUCGAGGAAACGCUCGAGCACGAACAGAAGCGCUUCCGUGAGCUCGAGGAGGAGCACAAGAUUAUCCAGGAUGACGUCAUGCGACAGAGACACCUGCUGUCGGACAUGCAAACAGCCCUGGAGAUGGCGGAAAUGACGCUACAGGCGGAAAGGGCUUCACGAGAGGACUAUGAGAAACAAAACCACCAACUUCGAAUGGAACGUGAGCACUUCGAGGACACGUUAAAAGAAUACAAGGUCAAACUCGGCAUCUCCCUGGCUAGUAAAAACGUGAAUGUGCGACACGCGGAAUUGCUUAAGAAAAAAGACGAAGAAUAUCAAUACACCAUUCAAAAUCUAGAAAAGCGACUGAAAAUCUCGCAGACUGAGAUCGAGAAACUGAAAUCUCGCGCGAUGUUGACUGGUAAAACUGCCGAUUCGCUCCAAGAGCACAAAUCGCGUCUAAAGAAGUACAGAAAUGGUUUUAGCAUGGAGUUUAUCACUCCGCGUUCUUUUGAUAAACUGAAUCCCAAUUCUUCGGGGUGGACUCCGACAAGAGGGUCACCCAAAGGGUCUCAUGAUCGAAUCAGUGUGGGGAGUACGGGAAGUAUAACGAAAACACAGCCUCCGCAGAUUAAAAGCAAGAGCGGACGAGUGUCACUACCCUAGAUUUAAAUUCUGAAUUGCUUGGCUCCGAACCUUACAGUGCUAAAUUAAAAGCCCAUUAACACUCAUAAUUAACGAAUAUUUCGUAAAAUAUUUCUUAAAAUAAGUUAACCCAUAAAAAACAGUGUUCCAUAAAGCAAUAGCCAAAAUUUCACCCGCUAAAUGUGGUAUGGUAGCAUAGAUUUAAAGAGAUGCAAAAUGCUCGUUUUUUACGAAAUAUUCGUUGAUUUUGAAUAUGCUCGUCUUUUACGACAUAUUCGUUGAUUUUAAAUAUGCUCAUUUUUUUACGAAAUAUUCGUUGAUUUUGAGUAUUUACGUGGCUUAAACGGAUUGUUAAAUGUUUGUGCAGUAUGAUGUUACAUGUUUAUAUUUCACAGAUAAAAUGUUUCAUGCAUGUCUUAUACGUUUGAAAACACAACGUUGUAAUUUUGUAACAUACCACAUGUAACAUCG